AUGACAAAUGUAACAGAGCACCUUAAUCAAACAACCAUAGGAGGGCUAAGUGAAAAUACACUUCCUUUUUCCAAGUCUUCGUCUGCCGAUUUCUUUACUCUUUAUCUUCUCUUUGCUUCGAUCCUCAUCAUUUUUGGACUCUUCGAUGUCCAUGGCUUCUUCAAUGUCCAAUUAGUAGCCCUAAAAGUCUGUGAACCCACCGGCGAGCUUCUCAGAACCUUAGAUCGCCGAGGCAAGCGAAUCAUCGAUUUCGUCGACGAUCAACCGACCAAGAAGCUCAGUGGUAUCAAUCGAGCGUCAAAGAAGGCGAUCUUUGAGGCUGUGACAGCCAGAGCCAAGUUGUUGGAUUUGUUGGAGUCUCAAUUCUCGUUCAAACCGAAUACUAGGUUCCCCUCGUCGGAAUUGUAUGUGUGUCUGGACAGAGGUCCAGUCCUUGGAGAGAUCGCGAUCAUGUUGCGAGUACUAGCAACUCCGAGUCGUUUGAUGACGGAGAAUUCAAUAAAAGAGUAUUUCUCUUCGGUGAAAAGGUCAGUACUGUGUGUUACUCAGCUAGAACAGCCUGUGGAACCCAGAAUCGUGUUUAAUCGAAAGGUGUUUGAACAAGAAUUCAAACUUGGUUGGAAGCCUGAUCAGGGAGACCAUAGUCCUUACAUAUUAAAGCGGUGA